CGAUUGAGCGCCUCUGGGUUGCGGGUAUCGCUAAUAAUUCCGGCUCCGCUCCUCGUUCGCCUGGUGUCCCGCCGAGCGCAUCAAGCCCACCAUGGCGCCGGCAUUGCCAAUUAAAUUCCAAGAGCUGCUCCAGCUGAGCAGCCUAGGCGUCAACCAAACCGCCAUUACCUUCAACACCUGUACCCUAGAAUCAGAUUCCUUCAUUUGUUUGCGAGACAAGAAGGACGAGGCGUCAUCUCCCGAAGUCAUCAUCGUCGACCUCAAGAAUGGCAACAACGUUAUCCGUCGACCCAUCAAGGCCGACAGCGCGAUUAUGCACUGGUCGCGUCAGGUUAUUGCCCUGAAGGCCCAGUUGCGAACACUGCAGAUCUUCGACCUGGAGCAGAAGCAGAAGCUAAAAUCGACGACCAUGAGCGAAGACGUCGUCUUCUGGAAGUGGACCAACGAGAGGACUCUGGGCUUGGUGACGGACACCGCGAUCUACCACUGGGACGUUUUCGAUCCCACUCAGGCGACUCCUGUCAAGGUGUUCGAUCGCAAUGCCAACCUUCAGAGCAACCAGAUCAUCAAUUACCGGACGAGCGCCGAUGGAAAGUGGAUGGUCGUGGUCGGCAUCUCGCAGCAGCAAGGGCGCGUCGUCGGCGCCAUGCAGUUGUAUUCGAAAGAUCGCGGUAUCAGCCAAGCGAUCGAGGGCCAUGCUGCCGCCUUUGGCACAAUCCGAUUAGAGGGUGCACCUGAGGAUACCAAGCUCUUCACCUUCGCCGUCCGGACUGCCGUUGGCGCGAAGUUGCACAUCGUCGAAGUCGACCAUCCAGAGACGAACCCGGUGUUCCCAAAGAAGGCUGUCGACGUUUUCUUCCCGCCGGAAGCUGCCAGUGACUUCCCCGUCGCUCUCCAAGUUUCGCAGAAAUACGGCAUCAUUUACCUCAUUACCAAGUACGGGUUCAUUCACCUCUACGACCUCGAGACCGGGACGUGUAUCUUCAUGAAUCGCAUCUCGGGCGAGACCAUCUUCACAGCCUGCGGUGACAAGGAGUCGAGUGGCGUUCUCGGCAUCAACCGGAAGGGUCAGGUUCUCUUCGUUAGCGCUGACGAGAACACGAUUGUCCCGUACGUUCUUGAGAGCCACGGCACCGACCUGGCACUCAAGCUUGCAUCGCGUGCCGGUCUCCCGGGUGCGGACAACCUGUACCAGCAGCGCUUUGAGCAGCUCUUUGCCAACGGCAAUUACCAAGAAGCCGCCAAGGUCGCGGCCAACUCUCCGCGUGGCUUCCUGCGGACGCCGCAAACCAUAGAGCGGUUUAAGCGGCUCCCCCAACAACCGGGUCAGAUGUCGUACAUCCUUCAAUACUUUGGUAUGCUCCUCGACAAGGGUUCACUUAACCAGCACGAAACGAUCGAGCUGGCGCAACCCGUACUGGCUCAGAAUCGGAAGCAACUGCUACAGAAGUGGCUCGGUGAGAACAAGCUCGAGUGCUCUGAGCAGCUCGGUGACAUGGUUCGCCCUCACGACAUGACCAUGGCCCUGGCUAUCUACCUGAAAGCAAACGUGCCGCACAAAGUCGUUGCUGGGUUCGCUGAGACCGGCCAGUUCGAGAAGAUCCUCCCCUACUGCGCCCAGGUUGGCUACCAACCCGACUUUGUCCAGCUCCUUCAGCACAUUGUCCGCGUCAACCCGGAGAAGGGUGCUGAAUUUGCUACGUCGCUGGCCAACCAUGAAGGAGGGUCCCUGGUCGAUCUCGAGCGGGUGGUGGACAUCUUCCAGUCCCAAGGCAUGGUGCAGCAAGCCACGGCAUUCCUCCUUGAUGCGCUUAAGGACAAUAGGCCCGACCAAGGCCAUCUUCAAACCCGCCUUCUCGAGAUGAACUUGAUCAAUGCGCCCCAAGUCGCGGAUGCUAUUCUUGGGAACGACAUGUUCUCCCACUUUGACAAGGCCCGCAUUGCCUCUCUGUGCGAGCAAGCCGGCCUCCUGCAAAGAGCGCUUGAUCUAUACGAAGACCCAGCCGCCGUCAAGCGCGUCAUCGUCAACAUCCCCGGCAUGCCCAACUUCAGCCCUGACUGGCUGAUCGAAUACUUUGGCCGGCUCUCGGUCGAGCAGUCCAUUGAAUGCCUCGAUGCGAUGAUGAAGCACAACAUUCGGCAAAACCUUCAAUCCGUGGUUCAAAUCGCCACCAAAUAUGCAGAGCUUCUCGGUGCCCAGCGGUUGAUUGAUCUGUUCGAGAAGUACAAGACCGCCGAAGGCCUCUACUACUUCCUCGGCAGCAUCGUCAACGUCAGCGAGGACCCUGAAGUCGUCUUCAAAUACAUUGAGGCUGCCACGAAAAUGGGUCAAAUCCGCGAGGUCGAGCGCAUCUGCCGUGACAACAGUGUCUACAACCCGGAGAAGGUGAAGAACUUCCUCAAAGAAGCCAGGCUUCCCGAGAUGCUCCCCUUGAUGGUCGUCUGCGACCGCUUCAACUUCGUUCACGACCUGGUCCUUUACCUGUACCAGCACCAACAGUUCAAGUCCAUCGAAGUCUAUGUUCAACAGGUCAACCCUUCCAGGACGCCUGGUGUGAUUGGCGGCUUGUUGGACGUUGAUUGCGACGAGAGCAUCAUCAAGAACCUCCUUGCCACGGUCAACCCGGCCUUGAUUCCCAUUGACGAGUUGGUGCACCAAGUCGAGACACGUAAUCGCCUCAAAUUGCUUCUUCCCUUCCUUGAGGCUACCCUGGCUGCUGGUAACCAACAACAAGCCGUCUACAAUGCGCUGGCGAAGAUUUAUAUCGACACCAAUAACAACCCGGAGAGGUUCUUGAAGGAGAACGACCAAUAUGACACGCUCACUGUUGGCAAGUACUGCGAGAAGCGGGACCCCAACCUUGCCUACAUUGCCUACCGCAAGGGCCAGAACGACCUCGAGCUCGUCAAUAUCACCAACGAAAACUCCAUGUACAAGGCCCAGGCAAGGUAUCUGCUUGAGCGUGCCGACAGGGAGCUCUGGAUGUUCGUUCUGAGUGAGAACAAUAUCCACCGCCGCUCAGUGGUUGAUCAGGUCAUCUCCACCGCCGUUCCGGAGUCCACAGAUCCCGCCAAGGUUUCUGAGGCCGUGGCCUGCUUCUUGAAUGCCGAUCUCCCUGCCGAGCUUAUUGAGCUCCUGGAGAAGAUUGUUCUGGAGCCGUCGCCGUUCAGCGACAACCAGAACCUCCAGAACCUGCUCAUCUUCACGGCCGCCAAGGCUGACAAGGCGCGCGUUAUGGACUACAUCCACCGGCUCGACAACUUCUCUCCCGAUGAGAUCGCCAAUGUUUGUAUCGAGGUUGGGCUGUACGAGGAAGCAUUCGAGGUCUACAAGAAAAUCGACAACAAGGAGGCCGCGGUUAACGUUCUUGUCGAGCACGUCGUCAGCAUCGACCGCGCACAAGCGUAUGCCGAGGAGGUCGACAUUCCACAAGUCUGGAGCAAGGUGGCCAAGGCUCAGCUUGACGGCCUUCGAGUCAGCGACUCGAUCGAGUCGUACAUCAAGGCCGAGGAUCCCAAGAACUAUGAAGAGGUUAUCGAGAUCGCGGUCGCAGCCGGCAAGAACGAGGAGCUCAUCAAGUUCCUCCGCAUGGCUCGCAAGACGCUUCGCGAGCCGGUCAUUGAUACUGCCUUGGCUUUCUGCUAUGCGCGGCUCGACCAGCUUGCGGACCUUGAGGACUUCCUGCGGGCCACCAACGUGGCUAAUGUUGAAGAGUCCGGAGACAAAGCCUACGCGGAGGGACUUUUCGAAGCGGCCAAGAUCUUCUACACUAGCAUCUCCAAUUGGGCCAAGCUCGCCACCACUCUCGUUCACCUCGAGGACUACCAAGCUGCUGUGGACUGUGCCCGCAAGGCCAACAACAUCAAGGUCUGGAAGGAGGUUCACGAGGCUUGCGUGGGCAAGAAGGAGUUCCGCCUUGCGCUGAUCUGCGGUCUCAACCUUAUCGUGGAUGCUGAACAACUGCAAGCGCUCGUCAAGCAGUACGAGCGGAAUGGCUACUUCGACGAGCUCAUCAACCUCCUUGAGCAAGGCCUUGGUCUCGAACGCGCGCACAUGGGCAUGUUCACCGAGCUCGGUAUUGCCCUGUCCAAGUACCACCCCGAGCGGUUGAUGGAGCACCUCAAGCUCUUCUGGAGCAGGGUGAACCUGCCAAAGUUGAUCCGUGCUUGCGAGGAAGCCAACUUGUGGCCCGAACUGGUCUUUUGCUACUAUCACUACGACGAGUUUGACAAUGCUGCGCUCGCGGUUAUGGAACGGCCCGAAAACUCGUGGGAGCACCAGCAGUUCAAGGAGAUCAUCGUCAAGGUUGCCAACCUUGAGAUCUAUUACAAGGCCAUCAACUUCUACCUUGAGCAACAUCCCUCGCUGCUCACCGAUCUUCUGCAAGCCCUGACACCCCGGAUCGACGUGAACAGGGUAGUCCGCAUGUUCCAAAAGUCGGACAACCUGCCGCUGAUCAAGCCGUUCCUGCUGAACGUUCAGUCGCAGAAUAAGCGCACUGUGAACGACGCCAUCAACGACCUGCUCAUCGAGGAAGAAGACUACAAGACGCUCCGGGACUCGGUGGAGAAUUAUGACAAUUACGAUGCCGUCGAUCUCGCUGGCCGCCUCGAGAAGCAUGAUUUGGUGUUCUUCCGCCAGAUCGCUGCCAACAUCUACCGCAAGAACAAGCGGUGGGAGAAGUCGAUCAACCUGUCCAAGCAAGACAAGCUCUGGAAGGAUGCUAUCGAGACUGCAGCCAUUUCGGGCAAGCCGGAUAUUGUUGAGGAGCUCCUGCGAUACUUUGUGGAUGUCGGCAACCGCGAGUGCUACGUUGGCAUGCUGUAUGCCUGCUACGACUUGAUCCGGCCUGACGUGGUGCUCGAGUUGUCGUGGCGUAAUGGCCUCCACGACUUCAGCUUCCCCUACUUCAUCAAUAUGCUGUCCAUCCAAACCAAGGAAAUUGCUGCGCUCAAGGCGGACAACGAGGCCCGCAAGGCCCGGGAAAAGGAGCAGGAGAAGGCCGAGGACAACACGCCCAUUCUUGGCGUCAACCGCCUCAUGAUUACUGCGGGUCCGGCCGGCGGUGCACCCCCUGCUUCGCCUAUGCCGUACAAUCAAACCAAUGGCUUCGCACCCCAGCCAACCGGCUACGGCUUUUAGAAAGUAGUUCCGGUGGUGCCUGAGCGCCCCUACCGUUCCGAUCCGAGCCCAGGAUUGCUGGUCUAGCAGUUUAAGGUUCCUGCUGAGCCGAAGCAGCCGGUCAAGGCGGUAGAACUUGAUCCGGUGCCGUGACUGUUUUUUUUCUUUGGUAAUAAAAAGGCAGAGGCGGUAUGGGUGGGUUUUGCGGGUGCUCUGGGGAUGCUGCUGCUCAGUGCAACAGCGAGGGGAAAUAUUCCCUGCGCUAGUACAACAUGUGUAUGAUAACUUGGUUUGCCGCUUCCUAUUCGACUUUUAGUUCGGUCUAUACUCUCCUGGUCUUCUCUGCUGUGGUGCGCUUACGUGAGUAGCAUUCCGGAGGGUCCAAAGCCCACUCUUGAGCUUCAUCCUGAGAUCCCCAACCGGUCACGACAACCAUGAUAACGAGGCAGAGAGCUAUUACUGACAGGAUGUGCUUACAUUGGAAGGUGUCCCAACGCUGCUCGCUUACAAGCAAGUAAAAGUGCCUCCGGCAAGCUUG